AUGCGACGCCGUCGACUCCCGCGGGCUGGUGCUCUGGCAGACCUCCCUCCGUCGAAGAUUAUACGGAAGAUUCUCGCCAUCCAACUAGCUUACUAUGUCUGCGCUUCGAUCCUUAUCUUAUUCACGGCCCUGGUGGCUGGCACUGCGUUCUCUCCAGAUCUUAUACUCAGCUGGCGGACGGUCCGGGGGGAUACAACUGUCGGAUGGACUCUUGGAUUCGUUUGGCUGCUGAACAGCUCCUUGGGAGCUAUAUUCCUCCUGUUAUUCGUUUCGCGGUCAAAACUUAUUCCCGACUUCGCCUUCACGGUCCAUUUCAUUCAUCUUACGAUCACCUCCUUUUAUACACAUUCUAUCCCUACGAAUAUGCUCUGGUGGGGUCUCCAGACGGCCAGCGCAACUCUGAUGACGUUUCUGGGCAUGUGGGCUUGUCAGUGGAGGGAACUACGGCCUAUUGCUUUUGGCGGCCAGCCUAACGCCAGCUCCAGGCAAACCCAAGCUACGGAUGCCGAUAUCGAGAACGGAAUCGAUCUGGAAAACCUAUCGAGGGGGAGAGGAAGAGGUCGAGAUCGAGACGGGGGCGGAGACUAUGCUGCGGUUGCCAGCAAGGAAGUCGAACCUAACGAGUAG